AACCGCUAUCUGUCAGAGGAAAACAUCCCGAGAAGGAAUCCGCUAGUCGGUCGCUCGUCCCCCGCUGCCGGAGCGCAUUAACACGCCGUUACCUCCGGAUGUCGACGCUCACAGAGAACAUGCCCGGGCGGAGGUAACCGUGUCCGGACUGCUGCUGCGCUCUCAGCCGGCUGAAGGACGCACGGGCGCAGAUGGAGAGGCCGGCCAGGCUGCUGCUGCUGUCCGAGCUCCGCGUCAGAAACGCCGCGUACGAUGUGAGCCUGUGCCGGUCCCUGCUCACCUGGAAGCGACGGGCCUCCAGCCCGGUGUACCACCCGUUCAGACCCAGUGUGAGCCACGCCGUGUCGGUGGCAGAGAUCAUCUCCGUCCGCGAGGAGGAGGAGGAGAAGAGCGGCGGCCGGCGCCGGGACGAUGGCAGCUGGAGGAAAAUCCAGGAGGGGGAGGGGGAGGGGGAGGGGCCGGACUGCAGGCAGGCCUUCACAGUGUCGUACGUGGAGCGGGGUCGGCAGCACCGCUGGCGGUGUGCCCAGGUCACCUUCACCUGCCCCACCGAGGCGUCGUGUCAGCGCUGGGUCGCCGGCAUCCGAGAGCUGCUCGCCGCUAACGCCAGCAGACCCAGACGCCUCCUGGUCUACAUCAACCCGUACGGCGGGAAGAAGCAGGGCAAGCGGAUCUACGAGCAGAAGGUGGCGCCGCUGUUCGCCCGCGCCGGCGUCUCCACGCACGUCAUCGUGACGGAGUACGCCAACCACGCCAGGGACCACCUGAGGACGGAGGCGGAGCUGAAGCAGUUUGACGGCGUGGUGUGUGUCGGAGGCGACGGCAUGUUCAGCGAGAUCAUCCACGGCCUGAUCUGGCGGACGCAGGUGGACGGCAGCGUGGAUCCCGGCUGCCCCGACGAGACGCUGUCGCCCUGCUCGCUGCGCGUCGGGAUCAUCCCGGCAGGGUCGACGGACUGCAUCUGCUUCGCCACGGUGGGCACCAACGACCCCGUGACCUCUGCCCUGCACAUCAUCGUAGGAGACUCCCAGGCCAUGGACGUGUGCUCCAUCCACCACAACAACACCUUCCUGCGCUACUCCGUCUCGCUGCUGGGAUACGGUUUCUACGGCGACGUGCUGACCGACAGUGAGAGGAAGCGGUGGAUGGGCCCGGCCCGAUACGACCUGUCAGGUCUGAAGAUGUUCCUCACUCAUCAUUACUACGAGGGAACCGUCUCCUACCUGCCCGCCAGAGGCAUCCUGGGAACGCCGCGAGACGGCGCCAGGUGUCGAUCUGGCUGUGUGGUUUGUCAGCACAACGGGCAGCUGCUCUCAGAGAAGGCUGAGAGGUACGAGACGGAGAAGCAGUCGGACGAUGAGAGUGACGGCGAGUGGAGGACGAUCCGAGGGAAGUUCCUCGCCAUCAACGCUGCCAGUAUGAGCUGUGCUUGUCCCCGCAGCCCGAAAGGCCUUUCUCCCGCCGCCCACCUGGCCGACGGCACCACCGACCUCAUCCUGGUCCGGAAGUGUUCCCGCUUCAACUUCCUGCGACACCUCCUCCGACACACCAGCAAGGACGACCAGUUCGACCUCACCUUCGUGGAGGUCCACCGCGUCCGCCGCUUCCGCUUCACGCCGCGCCACUGCCAGAGCGACUCGGACCUGGAGCUGGACCUGCGGGAGAACAACAAGGGUCAGAUCUUCAGCCAGAUCUGCACCGACCACCCGGCUUGUGGCUGCGCGCCCGCCUACAGCAGCUGGAACUGCGACGGGGAGAUCCUGACCCACACGGCCAUCGACGUCAGAGUGCACUGCCAGUUGAUCAAGCUGUUUGCACGAGGGAUCGAAGAGCCGACCGUGUUCGAGGACCUCAGCAACCCCUGUGCAAUAUAACCCCCCCACCCCCACCUGCCCCGUCAGACACUGGAACCCUCCACCCGUCUCCGGCCGCCGCCGCCGCCUUCAUCUCUGCCCCUCAUGGCUCGCCGCCGUCACUCUGUCAGCAGCAUGGACAAAAACUUGCCGGUUCUCUGCGGGUCUGACAGCUCAGAGCGGAUCUCCACAUAAAGUGAUAAGUAGCUCAACCGAUUGGAAAACCAGCACUGUUGGAAAUGAGGAACUUCCCUCUCGUUGAGGCUGUCGGUGUUUUCUGGAGCGACCGGUUGGCGUCUGGAAGCGUCUUGGUUCAAAACUGAACCCUGAUCCUCAAACGUCCCUCUUCUACCAAAGGUCAAAGCAGAAGUCCAGCUCUUCUUCCUCUGUUUCCAGAUGGUUUGGAUGUUUCAGAGUUUCCUUUACGUCCGUUUGGAUUCAGACCGGUUCAGUCUUGUUGGUUCUUGACCGGUCUGUCCAGUCUCUGCACCGUUUACUGUCGUAGUCCAGUCUUUUCUGAUCGAGUUCCACGUGUCGAACCCUGAGCUAAAUGCAGGGCUCAUCGGUCCAGGUGGAUUCUCCGCACUCACCUGUUGUCAUUUCUGUCACCAACCUGGUUUUUACGACAACGCGAUCCUUUAAAAGACGUUAAACUCUGAAGUACCGUACAGCUCCAGGACCAGGGGCUGGAGUUUGGAUCAUUUAACUGUUUCCACACAUCUGAACGUGUUUCAGUCUUUGACUGACAAGACUUGAAUCGGGCUUGUGUGUCACUGUUACCUGAUCGAGGCCAAGCAGGAGAGUUGGACCGCUGCUGGAUCUGGACCUGAUCUAUCAGGAUCUCAGGUCUUGUUGAUGUCUGAUGGGUAUUUAGACCUCUUCUUGUCAUGAUCUGGACCUCAGAGCCAUGGCGAUGUUGUGGCUUUGGGUUUAAGGUUCUAUUUGAGGGAUUCCUGUCUCUUCUCGGUUCUCACCAGUUGUGGUCGGAGCACUUUGUUUGGAACUUAUCAACUUUAUGACUUGUUCUCUGGUCGUCUUUGUCUUUCCUGAACUGGAACUUGUCAAGAACUCGACUCUUGAUUCAGUUACACACUUCAAAGUCUUAAAUCACCUCACUCUAGAGACUUUUUCUGGUCUUUUGAAAGUAUUUCUUAGUUUCAACCCUCAGUCUCCUGUGAUCCGGAGCUGGGCUCCUGAUCGGGAACAAGCUGGGAAAGCGUCACGUCCUUCAGUUCUGGUGUUGUUCUGGGUGUUGAUGGGACUUACUGUAAACAGUCGGCCUCUGCUUUUGGCUUUUGUGUCAUGGAGUCUGGUGGACCUGAAUGUCUUGUCUUCCACAUUUUGAAGUUGGUGAUAAAUUCCUCAUUCUUUAGCUUUUUGAGAUGAUCAGUUGGGAUUUUUGGAAUCUGGCGAAACUCUCCCGGUUCGGUAUUUUUUCAGUCUAUGAGUGAACGAGACAUUGUUACUUGUUGAUAAUCCUCAUCUGGAGCUGUUUGCUGCAUGUUUUGAAGCUGUCCAGACGCCUGCUGCUCGCUCCCGGGGGUUCGGGGUUAAUCGGGUAGAUCUGCAGCACGUGGCGCCUCCUGACGCCAUGAGAGGAGGAUUUCUUAGAUCCUGCAGAGUUCCUCAUUUCCGACGCCUCUCAGGGCCGCCUGAGCUCCGUCGUAGCUUUCAGAUCUUAUUUUUUACAGACUUCAGAAACGCUCAGCCUGAAAAUGUGACUCGAGGAGGUUUUGUGUCAAACUGCUGGCAGCUCAGAAAGCUGAACACACCAAUGCUGUUGAUCUUCCAUUCCUGCUCCAUAUGCAGCUGAAGCCUCCAGAUAAUCAGCUGAACCUCCGAACAAAUGUGUGUUUUCACUUGGUUUCAGCGAUCGGACGUGUGCAGACGAUGCCAGUAGCAGCUGUCAGCUUUAUCCUCAUCUCAAAGCAACAGUUUGGAUCCUUUCAAACGGGGUCGUAUGUGGUGAAUAUGGUAUCUGUGGGGGGGGGCGGUGAAGAUCAGGGGGUCUGCAGCCUCUACUAAACAAACCUUUAUCUGGUUUUAACUGUGUUGCUCUGCAAACAGUCAAAAGGACGUUUUCCUUUCGCUGUAAUCAAUGCGGCUUUAGCUGUUUGUUAAAUAUUGGCAGAAAAAUGAGAAAAUGUGACGUUGAAAGAACUAAAAGUGCCAACACAGCCGAAAGAAGCUAAACCAGCAUUCUGACGUCGGUCAGCAGGUUUAUCUAAAAAAAAAACUUUUUACAUUUCAUAUGUGCAUCACAAACUAGUUUUACUAAAUUAACUAAAAAAAUAAAAGAAAUUACAGAUAUGUGAAAGUUUCAAAGCUUUUAUUUUGAUGCUUAAAUAUUUUUAAGUGGUUGCAGAAGAAUUUAAUUUGAUAAAAUGAAACAAUUGUGCAAACUUCUUUUUUGGCCGUAAAGGCCGCAGACCUCUGCUGCAGAGCGGCUCACUGUACCACCGUGUGGCAGGAAGUCACAUUGCAAGACAGGUUGUUGGGUUUAGAAUGUUGCAUGUGAUACAGUCACAUGACCCCACUUCAAAAGAUCCAAACUGUUCCUUUAACGUAACCAAAUACCAGCCAGGGUUCUCCCAUGUAGCCGCUUGUCUGAUCUCUUCUCUUGUAGCUCGUUCAAAAACCGAUUUUACCAAAACCGGUCAAAAAGAGCAAUGCAGACCUGUUUCAGCAGAGGUCAAAGGUCACAGACUUGUUCAGACUUCUGGUCCAGGUCAGCUUUAUCAUGAUGAUUCUUCUCUCGCAUAAAUGUACAAUCACUCAGCUGGAAAACCCACAAAACGAACCAAAUGGUGAGGAAGGAGUGAAGUGGAAUAUCAUUAGGAAACUGUAAGGAGUAUUUAUUUACAUUUAGCUGCUUUAAUCACAACUGAGAAAUUCAUUUAGGUGGUUUUUUAAAAGAAAUAUUUCAUGCUGGACUGAUGUUCAAUGCUAACAUGCUAAAUAGCUCAAACAAGCAUCCAAUCAUAUGGAAAAUUGUUAGCUUUUUAAAAACGUUACAGUUGUUUAAAUGUGUAGAAUGAUAAAUCUGAGCUUCAUGUAGCAUCAAAGUAAAGCAGGUCAAAGGUUUUUAAUCGUUGGAAAAGUUUUAAGCUGUUGAUUUUCCUCUGGCCACCAGAGGGCGCCAUUAAAUGGAGUGCGGACAGUCGAUCUUACCAUUCAAUUACGGUUUCCUGCAGACUGUCUGAGCAAAUACUGCCAGAGAGUGAAGUUCUGACUGAAAGCUGGAUUCAAGUCCUCGGCUCUGUCAUGCUAAUCUGACGUCUCAGCGAAGACAAAGCCGUGAAACCACAGCGGACUCUUUAAAAGCUCACCUCCAUGUCUAACUCCAGAAUACAGCGAUACACCCCAUCAUGUGACCACUGAACCACAGUAUAAUCCUGCUGCAACAACCACAAAAAAAAAAAAAUCCCCUUUUUUGCUGUAUUUCAUUAAGAAAUGUAACAAAAAAGUGGAAAAAAAAAAGUAGUGUAAAUAAGAACGAGAUUUGACAGAUGUGAUUUUAGUCUGGACACUAGAGUCCGCUUCACUGUCUCCAGCUUUUAAAACCAAAUAGCAGGCGGUCGUCUUCAUCCCCUCAGAGCGCCGCGACGUCUGGAAGAGCGGACAUGGAGCAGUCCAGAUGUUACGGUGCGAAAUGCAGCUGUCUGCACUUUUAUUUUUUGGAAUCUUUGUUGGCAGUAUUCAUGCUGGACUCUUCUGGUUUCUCAGUUUGAAGUUUCUCUGUGAAGAAUCGGUCGACCUCCCGCCGUCCUCCGAGCUGUACCUUCCUUUCUGCUGUAGCUGUUACAUUAUCAGGAAUUAAAGAUAUUUUCAACACCAGA